AUGCUGGUAGAAUGUUCCGGUAAAGAUGCUCGAAACAGUACGAAUAAAGGGUUGAAUGAAAAGCAUCUCGAUGUAUCUCAUAACAAUCUAAAAAAGUUAGCUCCAGGCGCUUUACAGUUGUUGCCAAAUCUAGCACGAUUAUUAUUGACCGAUAAUCCCCAUUUGGGCAUCACACAAUUGGAUACACAAUUAUUGGUUGGCACUGGACGAAGAUUGCAACAAAUAGAUGCAUCAAGAACGGGCUUAUAUCAAGUGCCUGAAGCAUUCACACACUCUGUUCGUUUUUUAUCUUUGGUUGGAAAUAAAAUAUCUGCAGUCAGAUGUGGGGAUUUCGACAGUUAUCCACUGUUACAGUCACUAGAUUUUUCAGAUAAUAAAGUAGUUUCAAUUGAAGAUGAUUCCUUAGGCAGAUUGGAGAUGCUAUUAUUGCUAAAUAUAAACAAAAACCUUCUUGUAACAGUCCCCAAAUCUCUACCAGAUGAGUUGAAGUACUUAUCAAUUAAAAAUAAUUUGAUAAAAAAGUUGUCUAUUCCUGAUUUCAAGGGCUUGCCAAAUCUGCGAAUAUUGAUGUUGCAAAAUAACCACAUUCAGUAUAUUCAAGAUCACAUAUUUGAUGACUUACUUUCAUUGGAGAUGUUAGACUUAUCAAAUAAUCCAAUACAGUCACUGUCUUGGAGUACAUUUGACGGGCCAUUAUCUCUACGAGAUCUAAGACUAUGUUACUUAAACCUUUCGGUACCCGAGCAAGAUGUCUCGUUUCCAAUGUCGUCGCCUGAAAGCGUACAAAUGCUACAUCUCCAGUCGAGUCCCGGAUUAGCCAGACAACUUUUAGCGGACUCAGCAGCGUUAGCCGCUUUUUCUCAUUUACAAUAUUUGGACUUACGAAUGAACAAUCUGUCAGAAAUUAGGAAUGACUUGUUAUUCUAUUUAGUACAACUAAAAACGUUAAGACUGCAUGGUAAUAAUGUAAAUUGUAGCGCUGAGUUGUGGCUGAAGGACUGGAUGAAUUGGAAUAAGAGCUUAUCUAACAGUGAGACCUGCUACUUUUCCACGUCUGAGGCUAAAGCUGAGAUAACUAAAUAUAAUUGUACAUUUCCUGAAACAUUCACAAUAAGUGAUAGCCUUCCACCAGUUAAUUUAUAUAGUACAGAAAUGAUUAACAAAUUACUGAGAUACUAUGGCUAUCUAAACAACAAAACAGAGAAACCUUUCUAUAAGCACAGCAAUAACAAGAAUAAGUACGAUAUCAUAAAUGUUAAUAGUCAAAUUCAAUUAAAUGAAACAAGUGUCAGAAAUCAAGAGAAAAACAUUAAUCUAUAUGAUGGGAUAAAAGAAGGAAUGAAAAGAAAUGAAAGAAAUGAAAAUAAAAUAUCUUUUAAUGACUACGGUAAUGAAACCGCUUUUGUUAAAGCGAGAGAAUCUUCUAAAAUUUUGGAUCAAAACAAAAUUCAAAAUGAUCAGCUUAAUAUUGAUCAUAAAUUUUUAGAUAUAGAGCCAUUUGUUUCUGUGUCGUCUCAAAAUGAAAACAAAUUAGUAAAAGAUAGAGAAAUUCUUAGAAAAAAUAGAUCCAGAUCUGGAAAACGCUUGAACACGCCAUUAAAUGUGACUAAAAAAACAGAAAACUUUACCACCGAAGCUAAGAUUAGUGUUUUACCUGCUAAAAGCUUGAAUCAAGUAGAAAACGUAACUGCCUCUGAAGUAGAUACCACUAAUCCCAGUUACAAAACAGAAUACUCACCCUACCGAUCAGCUGAUAGUAAUUACGCACAAUAUAUAGGGACAGUAGCAGUAUCAACCCUAAUCCUAAUGUCUUUGGUACUAUGGAUUAGCUUUCGACUGAGGCAUAAAAGAAGAACUGUACGCGUCGUCGACUCAGAAGCCGAGGACCAAAUAGAAGUGUCGAAUAUAUCCGGAGGGGUGUUGUGGUGA